UUUUUGUUAAGUUUAAUUUUACACAGAAAAAUGUCAAAAUUAUUAGUAUUCGAUUUUAUCCAAACCAUCCAUUUACAGCUUAGAGAUAACUUUAAAAACGUAGUCAAAGCUAGAAAUAUUAGUUACUCCGUGGGUACACUGCACAAACAUCACACAAAUUUCUCUUCAGAGCUGGAAAAGACCAUAAAUUCGGAGAUUAAUUUUAAUAAUAUCAGCAACCUUAUAAAGUUUGUCCGACAACAUAGCAAGUGGUACCGAGAUAAUGACUGUAUUAAUCGCCACUAUUUUAACUACAUAUUGCUGGAUCCUCGAGUUACAAAUAAUCUAAGAGAACGGGCCAGUCAUCUUCAUCUAAUGGAUGUUUGGUAUACCUUUCUAAGAGCCAUAUUCUAUGUAGGCAAAGGCAAGGCCACCCGCCCCUAUGUUCACUUAAAGAAUGCCCAGAAACUGGUAGAUGAAACCAACAGGCUUACAUUAGUAAAGGACCCCAAACUGGCCUUAAUUGUGUCCAUAUGGAAGUCGAAUCGUGGAGUCUUACUAACCCGCGCAUUUCAGGGAAUCUCGUCACAAGAUGCGCAAACUCGUGAGGCAUCCAUCAUAGAUGCUCUCGGUAUGAAUCAUUUGACUAACCGGCGAUUGGGUGUUUACUGUGGUCGAGCUCGAAGUUUAUCGAAUAAGGAGAGAAAAUAUCUGGGGAUAGCUUUACUUUACAAAUUGAUGAUGAAAUUUCUGGCAACAAAAGAGAAAGAAAUUGUUCCUCUAAACAACACCAAGGUCUACGCUAUUAGUGAACGGCUUAGUCUUCCCUGCCCACCGAGCCUGGAUCGCGGUGGAAAGUACGACUUCUCGCACGUGCUGGACUUUUGUACCCAGCUUGUGGCAUUGGUGGUCACCCCGGUCAAGGACAAUGCUAGCUACGCCCAGGAUUACAAUACGGUGGAUGUGCCAAUCGAUCGCAGCAAUAUCAUUCCGAACAGACUAAGUUUUAAUCUAAAUGCCUUUCGUAAUCUCAAGACGCUCAAAUUUUCGGCCUUGUCCACCGAAAACAUUGUGGACAUCGAGCUUCUAAAGCCGACUCUCCAGACAAUCUGUGUUCAUAACACGACCAUACAGAACAUAAACCAAGUCCUGCUUUGCGACAAUCUACACAAGCACUGUGAUGUGCCAAGCCUGCUGCCAGAGACUAUCCUUGCUUCCACCUCCGGAUCCGGUUCCGCCACUUCAAAUGGUAGUGCCUUGGUCAGUGCGGAUUCGUGGAAAGAGAUAACAGAACUAGAUCUGACAGGCAAUCUGCUUACCCAAAUCGAUGGCAGUGUAAGAACAGCUCCAAAACUCAAGAGCCUAAUCCUUGACCAGAAUCGAAUACGGACCGUCCAAAACCUGGCCGAACUUCCCCAACUCCAGUUGCUUUCGCUAUCUGGGAAUCUUAUAGCAGAGUGUGUAGACUGGCAUUUGACGAUGGGAAACCUAGUCACUCUAAAGCUAGCUCAAAACAAAAUCAAGACUCUGAGUGGUCUGCGAAAACUGCUUUCACUGGUUAACCUGGACCUUAGUUCGAAUCAGAUCGAGGAGCUUGAUGAAGUUAAUCAUGUUGCCAAUCUUCCGCUUCUAGAGACUCUUCGCCUUACUGGAAAUCCGCUUGCGGGCAGUGUGGACUAUCGCUCUCGCGUCUUGGCUCGAUUUCACGAACGUGCUGCUGAAAUAUCUUUGGACAACGAGCCUGGUAAUCAGCAGGAGUUAGAUACUGCUUUGGUUUUGUCCGCCCUUCUGCAAUCAAAGCAACGUCAGCAACAAAAGUGAUCCCUUUCACAGAAAGGGUAUCGAUUCCAUAUAUAGAAAAAUCUCCGCAAGAAAUUAUGGUUACAAAAGUAUUUCUUUUUUGGUUAUUUUUUUCAACUAAACCUUGUCUAGAAAUAUUUUUUUCUUAAGGUUGUGGACUUUAAACAGCUUAAAGAUUUCUUUCAAGAAUAUUUCCCAUGUUAGCCGUAAUUUUAAUUUAUUUAAAGUGUUUUGUAAAUUUCAGUAUGUUUUGUAAAUUGUAAUAUGUUUUCAGCCAAACUUUAUUUGAAUAUGUUUUAUCAUUUCUGUCCACCUCGAUGUGCAAUAAUUCAAUGCUCACCUACAACAAAA